AUAUUUUUGGAUACAGGGUCUUUCACUAAGGAUGGGAGACUUACCAGAUGAUACACUCUUAGAAAAAACUGACUCUCCCAGCAACUAACAACUGCCAAUAGAUCUUCAGCCGGGAUAGGUACUUCCUGUGCACCUCUCCUCUCCAUGCUGGGAUUUAUUCUGGCUUAGACUCGCACAGGUCCUGUGCAUGUUGUCACAUCCACUGUGAGUUCUCAUGUGCAGCUGCCCAGCUGUGUCCAGAAGACAUUGAUUCCUUGCAGUCAUCUAUUGCUUCUGACACUCACGCUCUUUCAGGCUCCUCUUCCCCAACUGAUCCCUGAGCUGUGAGAGGAGUGGUUGUGGUCUAAUGUAUUCCUUUUAGGGCUAAACAUUUUGCAGUCUCUUAUUCUCUGCACCUUGGCCAGUUCUGGAUCUCUGCGUUAAUCAUCAUUCACUGCAAACAGAAGCAUCUCUGAUGAGGGCUGAGAGAUGCCUUAAUCUAUUACUAUAAUAAGUCAUUAGGAGUCAGUUUAAUACUAUGUCCAUUUAGCAGAGUAAUAGGAGGUUCUGCUGUGUUUUUGUUACACUUGCCCUUGAAAGUGCAAAUCCCUAUUAAAUACAACCUUCAAUUAAAAAUGAUCCUCUCCUCAUUUUUGAUAAGGAGUAGCAGGCAAUGCCUUAGCAGUUCAGCCACUGCCAACUUGGCACAUGAUAAACACUGCGAUGCUGUAUUAAAUAUUAAAAUAUUUGGAUGAAAUGACUUUUGCAUGGGCCUGUUUGAGACUAGAGUGGCUCAUGAUUACUUGUACAUUUGCAUUAUAAAGACAAGUUAAGCAAUGGAUCCUGUGUUAACCAUGUGUUGACCUUCCAGCCAUGUCCACAGGCUUAUGCAUGCCAGUGUAUAUCAUAAAAAUUGCAUGUAAAACAGGAGGAAAGUGAUUGAAAAAGGACAUUUGAUCCACAAAGAAACAAGUUAAGGUAAUUGUCUUUACCCCUUCCCCUUUUUUUCUUCUUCAGCUUCAUCUGUCUGCCCCUCAGCCCUGGAGGAGGCUGUGGGCUGAGGACUCACUGCUGGAAUGAAGAGUGACUGAGCUGGAGCUGAGGUCAAGGUAAAUCUCUGCUCCCAGUCAUUGCUGCAGCCUCCCCCUUCCCUUUCCCUAGCUCCUCAGCAGCUUCUCCUGGUGCAAAUCCCCUGCAAAGACACUGAAGCGGCCGCCGAAGUUGCCGGGCGCAGGACUCCGGAGGCAUUGGCUCAGGAACUUUUCACGUCAUUCCCGGCUCCGGAGCCCCUAGUCGCGGCGGCGCAGCCUUUCCCACCGCGGAUCCCCGGUGCUCAUGGGGCAGGCAGAGACAAGCUUGCAGCACUGAGGCCAACAGGACCAGUCCGUGAUGUCCAGCACUAAAUUGGAGGAUUCCCUCUCUCGUCGCAACUGGUCAUCUGCUUCGGAGCUGAAUGAAACUCAAGAGCCGUUUUUAAACCCCACGGACUAUGACGACGAGGAAUUCCUGCGGUACCUGUGGAGGGAAUACCUACACCCCAAAGAAUAUGAGUGGGUCCUGAUCGCAGGGUACAUCAUCGUGUUCGUUGUGGCUCUCAUCGGGAACGUCCUGGUCUGUGUGGCAGUGUGGAAGAACCACCACAUGAGGACAGUCACCAACUACUUCAUAGUCAACCUUUCCCUGGCAGACGUGCUUGUGACCAUCACCUGCCUUCCAGCCACUCUCGUUGUUGACAUCACUGAGACCUGGUUCUUUGGACAGUCCCUCUGUAAGGUCAUUCCUUAUUUACAGACUGUGUCAGUGUCUGUGUCUGUUCUUACACUGAGCUGCAUUGCCUUGGACCGAUGGUAUGCAAUUUGUCACCCUUUGAUGUUCAAGAGCACAGCCAAACGGGCUCGAAAUAGUAUCGUCAUCAUCUGGAUUGUCUCCUGCAUCAUAAUGAUUCCUCAAGCCAUUGUCAUGGAGUGCAGCAGCAUGCUCCCUGGCUUAGCCAAUAAAACCACCCUCUUUACAGUAUGUGAUGAGCACUGGGGCGGUGACGUCUACCCAAAGAUGUACCACAUCUGUUUCUUUCUGGUGACGUACAUGGCACCUCUCUGUCUUAUGGUAUUGGCUUAUCUGCAAAUAUUCCGUAAACUCUGGUGCCGACAGAUUCCAGGAACUUCUUCUGUGGUUCAGAGAAAGUGGAAGCAGCCGCAGCAGCCGGUUUCUCAGCCCCGAGGGUCUGGACAGCAGAGCAAGGCCCGGAUUAGCGCUGUGGCUGCUGAGAUAAAGCAGAUCCGAGCACGAAGGAAAACAGCCCGGAUGCUUAUGGUUGUACUUCUGGUCUUCGCAAUUUGCUAUCUACCAAUCAGCAUCCUCAAUGUGCUAAAGAGAGUAUUUGGGAUGUUCACACACACUGAAGACAGAGAGACUGUCUACGCUUGGUUCACAUUUUCUCAUUGGCUUGUAUAUGCUAAUAGUGCGGCAAACCCCAUCAUUUAUAAUUUUCUUAGUGGAAAAUUUCGCGAGGAAUUUAAAGCUGCCUUUUCUUGUUGUCUCGGGGUUCAUCAUCGCCAAGGAGAUCGUCUCGCCAGGGGACGCACAAGCACAGAGAGCAGGAAGUCCUUGACCACACAGAUCAGCAACUUUGAUAAUGUAUCAAAACUCUCAGAGCACGUGGUGCUUACCAGCAUAAGCACACUCCCAGCAGCCAACGGGGCAGGACCGCUUCAAAACUGGUAUCGACAACAGGGAGUAGCAUCUUCAUUACUGUCAGCCUGGCUGGAGGUCUGAGAGAAGAGACUGAGUGUCCAUGUGGAAUCUCACCCAUGUCAUCUCAAAGAGAUAAUGGUUUACGAAACAGUUGCCACUGUUCUUAGUGUUGGUUAAAGAAGAUGGACCUUAAGGCACUUGUGCGCUUUAUAAGUGACCUGGAUGACUUGAGAUUUUAAAACUUCCCAUUUAUCAAUUUAAUUUACUAAAGUUUCUGUUUUAUGGAAGCAGUUCAUUUUCAAGAAUAACUCUUGCCUGGAAGAAAACUGAUGAAUAAAACUGAUACAUAAAUGAAACUCUGGGAAUGGAAUCAUGAAGCAUGUAUAUACUUCUCGACAUUAGGGCCCAUGAAUCCUGAACAAUUUGGAUUAAUAUAGUGACCUUCAUAGGAAAAGAUGGUUUUAAAAAAAACAGGAGGCCCCAAAACAUAGCAAUGUUGUUGGGGUACUUAACUACUUACCUCAUUGUGGGCUAAUGACACAAAUGAGAAGACUUUAUGGGAAAAGUUGAUUUUGGAGCCAAGUUACGCUGAACAUUGGACAAUUUAUCCGCCUUUAUUUCUAUUGUAUUUCAAACCUUCAAUGAGAGAUAUUAAUGUCAUUAGUUUUGUCACUAAUAAGAAUGGUGUAAUAAUUUUACCAAAUAUAUUUGAGUUUAAUGAUUUAUGAAUUUUAUAAUAUCAUAAAAAUCUUGAUAUUUUGGGUUCAUUCAUUUGGGGCUAAAUAUUAUCCCAAGUUUGUGAGGAAAAGAAACGUGACUUCUAAAUUUUCCACAAUGUGGAACUAUUAAAUAAUUAUAAACUAUUGGUAAGUUUAGUGCAAAAGUGUUAGGUACAGUAAUACUCCGUUUUACUCCAGUGCACAUUGAUUCAGGAAGAAUAGUAACUAUGUUUAUAAGUGACAAUAUGAAUGUGUCUAGAGAUGUUAGUAAUCAUUAUGGAAAUGAGGGCUAUUAGCACUUUGAUACAAUGUAACAAUAUCAGGUUUGCAUUAGCUGUGAAUCAAACAAGAAUCAACUCCAUUUCAAAAACAUGUGUAGUCCUUACAAUUAGAAACAUUUCAAUGGAACUCAAUUUUCAGUGGAUAACUCCUCUAUUUCAUGUCACAAGUAAAAGCAUAAAUUCCAUUAGAUUAUUUUCAAAUAGUUUUCACAUUGCUUGAAACAAAAUAAUGGGAUGGGGGGUCAUUAUAUAAGUAGGAAAGUAUUAAUUUACAAUCCAUUCUAUUACUUUAUGCACAGCAGAAAACAAAGAACAGGAACAUGAAAAGAACUGUCAAUUCUCCAAGUUCAAAGGGAAUGUUUUUCUACAGUUUUCUGCUACUAAAAAGGGGAACAAAAGACUCCCCAACUUGCCAUGUAUUUCUAUUCUUUUAAAUUUUCUUUAUGGGCUUUGGAGUUAGAAAACCUAGGUUUUUCAUGAAACAUGUUUCUAUUAUUGUAUCUAUAUGUGUAUCAGCAUGUCAGUUGUUCAACAAGUAUACAUUUAAGGUCUUUUAUGCCUGAUUGUACUGUGUUUUCAUGAAGAUCUUUCUUAUCAAAACAAUGUGAUUAUAUGUCUCCCAGUGUGAAGAUUGAAUUAUGUAGCUUUUAAGUAAAAUAUUACUGAGAAGUCCAUAAUCACAUCUACAUUGUCCUGCUGUACUAUGUGAAAAAUUAUGUUGUUGUUCAAUACAUAAAUUGGAUAUUUGCUCAUAAUUAUUGUCAAAUCUUUGCAGUUAAUGAUUGAAUUAACCCUGGUGCCAUACAUGAUGACCAAAAUAUUUUUCCAAUAAGUUUAUAUAACCAGGGAUAAUUAUGAUAUAAAAGAUUUUUAAUAUUGUUUCUAAGAGGAGGUACUACAAUAAAGGUUAAUAUUAAGUACACAGAUAUUUCAUAAAAGUUAUACAAAGCCACACACUUAUCUGAAUCAGAGUUUUCCUCUGUUUGUGGCUGAGAAUAAUGGCACCCUUAAUUUUCAAAUCACUCUCAUAGUCUGUGAAUGCAUGAAUUGGUUUUCUCUGGGUAAUUACACUUUUAAACUGUACCUCUAGUUGGCUCCUCUUUUACCCAGUUGAUUCUCAUGACUUUAGAAUUUAGUGCAAAUGGUUUAAAAUUUUAAAACCAAUUCCUAUUCGGAACAUUUUAUUCUAACCUCUAUGAAAACAUAAAAUGAUCAAGGUAAACAUUUGACUCAAGGAAGUAUGAUCGAAGAAGUAUCAUGUGGCUUCCCUGGAGGAAGAGAGCUAUUUUGAAAUGAGGUUCCUAGAGGAGGUUGUCAGUGGUAAGGAUAUUUUUGGGUAAUCCACAGUCACACACUAGACAUCAGCCCUGAAGAGAGGACAUAGCAUCUUGUCUUGCAUCCAAGCCAAUGGCCAUGCACCAGGAGUGACAGAGAACUUGUGGAUGUGUUCUCUGGUCCUGUACUCUUCACCUGAUUCUGGUUGGUCACCUGUCCUUCUUUUCUCCAAGUCCACCCCUGUCCUGCACUCCAAAGCCCCAGGGCUGCUCACCACCCUAAUAUUAUCAAAUUCUAUUAGGCUCACCUUGUCUCCUGAAGUGAGCAAGGAACAAAUUUCAGAACAAAUGAAUAAAAGCUCAAGGAAAAAGGAAAACGAAAAACGAAGAGGAGGAGACACUUCAGUUUCUACCCAGGAAAUGAAUGUGGAAGUGCUAGUGUCUCAGUGAUAGGAUGUUGUGCAUACACCCAGAAAAAGCAUAACCAAGUCUUGUGUUCGUUCCAUUUUUAGCAAUUUGAGGAACCUUCCUACCAAUUUCUACACUGGUGGCACCAGUUUACAUUCCCAUCAGGAGAGAAAGAGAGUUACUGUUUUCCAACAUUCUUGCUAACAUUUGCUGUCUGUUUUCUUGGUGAUGAAAAUUCUGUUGGGGUCAUAUAGAAUAUCAAAGUAGUUUUUAUCUGCAUUUCCCUCAUGGCUAAUGAUACUGAACACUUUUUCAAAUAUCUAUUCGUCAUUUGUGUUUCUUCUUUUGAGAACUAGAGGAUAUUAGUGUUCACUUAGUGUUCAAUUUUUACUGAUACAUAUGUGUGUGUGUGUAUACAAUAGACACAUGAUGACUAUAUAGAUGACUAUAUCAUCCACCUAUAUUAUACAUUAGACAGGGGAUAUAUAUGUCUAAUGUGUAAUUGAGAGAGAUUUUUCUCCCAUUCUAUCUUUUAUUUGGGGGGUUGUUUACUUUUCUGUACAGAAGAUUUUAAUUCCAUACAGUUCUAUUUAUUGAUUUUUUUGAGGUUAUUUUCUGUUCUACUUGAGUUAUUUUCUGGAAGCCCUUGUUUGUGCUUAUAUUAUAAAAUGUUUUCCCUCUUUUCCUCUAGAAAUUUUCAAGUUUGGGGUCUUGGGUCUUGACUGUUGUCAAACAUUCUUGAAUGGCAUUGGUCUUGGCUCUUUUUAAAGAGUUUUCUGAUGGUAACAAGUAGUAAAUCCAUCUGGUCCUGCCAUUUCCUUUAUGUUGUGACAUCUAAUUAUCUGUCCUAUUGCUUGCUUCAGACCUAUUUGAGCUAUUUAUAUCUUCUUGAUUUAAUUUCAGGAGAUCAAAUGUGUUUAGGAAUUUAUCCAUUUCUUUCUGAUUUUCCUUUUUAAGGGGGAUGGAAGUAAGUUUACAGUGUAUUUCUUCCUCAAUAAAUCUUCGUAUUUUUUCAGUUUUUAAA